CUUGUAGAAAAGCGUCUCUAUAACCACCUGAAAUUUAUGCAAGAACUAUCAGUUGCCGGUUCACUCAUCCAGAUAGCAGAAAAUAACUUAUUCUGCUGGCUACUAGGAGCACCCAUCAUGUAAUCUCCGGGCAUGCAGGCGAGAAUUCCCGAGCUGCUUCAGAACCAUGUGCGAAAAGAUUUUGCCAUGGUCUCCAUCGGUGACUCCAUCUACAUUAUUGGCGGAAGGCUUUGCCACAAGGCUCCAAGCCAUCAUGACCCUUACGAAAUUGUCCAGGAUGAUCUUGAGGUCUUAUCCUCCGUCAUACGCUACGAUGUGUGCAGUGGCGUGUGGUCCAAGUGUGCGCCACUCGCCAUCCCACGUUUUGAUUUUGCAUGUACCGUGUGCGACAACAAAAUCUAUGUGGCAGGUGGACAGUGCACAUUAGACGUCGCACGUGGCACCUCCUCAGCUGAGGUGUACAACCCGACGCUGGACGAGUGGAAGCCAUUGCCUGACAUGAGCGUGAUGAGGUACAAAUGUGUGGGAGUGACAUGGCAAGGGAAAAUCCACGUGAUAGGAGGAUUUGCUGAGAAGGCAGAUUUGGAUAAGCUGCCGUGGAACACCAUCGGAAGAUGUUCAGCUGAGGUGUACAACUCGGACAAUGCCAAGUGGGAUCUGGUAAUGGGAAUGUGGAAAUUGGACGUGCCACCAAAUCAAAUCGUGGCAGUUGAUGAAAAGCUUUUCAGCUCAGGGGAUUGUCUAAAUGCAUGGAAAGGUCACAUCGAGGAGUACGAUGGGAAAUUUUGGAAUGAAGUAGAGGGGUCACACCUGGAAACAUUAUCAUCGCCAAAUUCGGUGUGGGACGCAAACUGGCCUCCAGCCAAACGAAUUUACAUAACAAUGGCAGCAAUUGGGAGUAAGCUGUUUUUCUUGGCGGGAUAUAGGAAGCCAGGGGAGACGUCGAGGUUGAUGUCCGUAGUACACGUGUUCGACACAUGGGCGAAAAGGGAUGGAGGGAGGAGUUUAGAGCCUACGGAAGAGGAAGGAGAAAAGGAGCUUUGCUCUCAUGCCUGCGUUGUUUUUCUUCCCAACAAUUAAUACUAUACUAUUCAACCAUUCAUAUUCCAUUAUUGUUUGUUGUUGUUAGCCUUUCAGAAAUUUCUACUUUGUAUUUCGGGUUUUUUCUUCUUUUUUUCCUUUUUGGUUGGCUUGUGAUUAAAUUUCCAGUCUUUUUAGCAUUUGUUAUAAGAGAUGAUUUGUGAUGUUUCUGUGUGGGCGAUAUAAUGAUUUAUAAUAUAGUUGUAGAUGAUUUUUUUUAAUCAAUGGACGGUAGAUGAGUUUUUUACCCAAAAUCCUUUUUUA